AUGGCGGAGAGUUAUUACGACACUUUUGUGAAAAGUACCCAACCUGCUGACUUGGCUGCUCUGAAGAAAAAGCUAUCGACGUCGACUUCCACUGACGAGCAAAAAGUGAUUAACACAAGCAAUGAAGCAUUAAUAGCUUUGUUAUUGACAAAAGAUGUUACUCAAUACCUUAACACGCUUCUACCAUUGACGAUGACUGACCAGACAUACCUCUCUUAUAACAAAGCUGUUGCAUUUCUCUUAUCCAACAAACCAUCGGAAGCUUUAGGAUUUUUAUCGGACCAUUCCAGUGACGAAGAGUCUCCGGUGAGGUUUUUCUCGUUGUUGUUAUAUUACCACAUCGUCACUUCGUUGAGGUCCUUGACCCCCGAUCUCACUCCAAUCACCGACGAAUUCAUGAACCCAAUAUACGUCCCAGGAACCCUCUUCUAUAUCCAAUCUCAACUUGUCCUCCUCCGAAAAGCACUCAAAGAGAACAACAUCAGUCAGGCUAUUACUCACAUCACAGGGGUCUGUAACUCUUCCCGCGACCCUAUAAGCAAACCAUACUAUCAAUCUCUUCUUUACUAUCUUUCUAACGACUUUGAAUCAUCACAAUCAGCUCUUCUCUCGACGUCGUCACCACUCAAAGAUAACAACACGGCCUGCACCUUUUUUAGAAGCGGAAAGCCAGCCGUUGCAAUCUACAUGAUCCAAAAGAGCUUCGACUUGUUCGCGCGCAGUCCAGACAUCUGCAAGACAACGUUGGACGCGCCGACGUCGACGGUGUAUCCGAUCGGGUGGAAACAAACAGUCACGUACAAUUUAGGGUUGUGCUAUUUACUUGCGAAUAACCCGACCGACGCACACACGGCGUUUCUAACGUUAGUUGAUUAUUAUCGAUACAACCCAUUGCUGUGGUAUCGCCUCGCUAGUUGCGUUAUUAUGGCCAAUUACAACAUGAAGAGGGGGUCCGCGUUCAAUUAUAAGUACGUCAGCUGUGGAGCAACACGCCAUGUCGUCAUACUUCAAAAUAGUCAACAAAGCGAAAGCCUCCCUUUGUCAUUGGGAAUGCAAUACAUCAGAAAUAUGGCGACACUCUUGAGGGGAUCAACCGAUAAAAGAAUGUUAACAGCAAUGCACUACUGUAUGGGAUAUAUCGCUUUUUACUCGGAAGACUACGAAAUGGCAAAGUUUUGCUUUGAGAACGUCUACGCAACUGCAAAAGAAACAGUGAAACAGUCUGCACGCGUCUUUUUGGCGAGAGCUUAUUGUCUCUUAGGAUUGAAUAAGGAAGCAGAUAAAGUCCUUCAGGAAUUCUUUGUCGAAAAGAGCCAAGAAAACACUGAUAUCAACUUCACACUCGCGUUGUCGCUGUUGAUGCUCAAGAAGUACGAAGACGCACUGAAAAUAGUCGAAAAGAUGGAGGAUUCAGAAGACGCAAAUGCUCUGAAGGUUUUUAUACUCCUUCUCCUUGGUAAAAAGGAACUGGCCGCUAACGUUGUGAGAAAGUCAUCCCCCAUCCGACCAUUCAAGGACUGCACUUUUGUUUCUUACUAA